AUUGCAAUGAAACGAAGCGUAGCUAGCGAGAUAUUUAGCAACAGUGAUCUUGGAAUCCUCUCCUUGUUUGAUUAGGUCUCGCAUUCUCUGUUCCAGUGAUCUUGGUGCGUGGUGAUUUCUCUCGGUGACGAGGGAUUCAUGGCUUUUUAUCUCUUUUGGUUCUACUGUGGGUUAAAGCAGUCAUUGAGGGAGCUACAUAAAUCCAUGAACUGUGACUCCUCAUUGCCUUAAAUUUUGUUACUGCUCUUUUACUCUUCAUGAGCUCAACAGUUUCAACAUCCCAGGGAUAUCCACCAAUGAGUCUCGGGUCAUUAAAAUCAUCACUUCCAUCACUAUCAUCUGUCACUAUUUGUCAACCUGAACCACUUGGCAGUCAUGGUGAAGAAAUUAAGCUACUAUCAGUUUCUUGGAAUCAGGACUAUGGAUGUUUUUCCGCUGGCACAAGCUAUGGUUUCCGCAUCUAUAAUUGCGAACCUCUCAGGGAAUCCUUUAGAAGGGAUCUGAAAAGUGGGGGCUUUGGAAUAGUUGAGAUGCUAUUCCGUUGCAAUAUCUUAGCCCUGGUUGGUGGUGGCACCAAUCCACACUGCCCGCCAAAUAAAGUUAUGAUCUGGGAUGAUCAUCAAAGCCGUUCCGUUGGGGAAUUUGCAUACAGAUCUAAUGUCCGUGCUGUGAAAUUAAGGCAGGAUCGCAUAAUUGUAGUUCUUGAAUACAAGAUAUAUGUCUACAACUUUACAGAUUUGAAACUACUUCACCAAAUUGAGACUCUGUCUAAUCCAAAGGGACUUUGCUGCCUUACACAUGAUCCACAUACAUUGGUCUUAGUAUGCCCUGGUCUGCACCAGGGACAGGUUCGGGUUGAACAUUUUAGUCUUAAGGUGACUAAGUUCAUCAAUGCGCAUGAUUCUACCAUUGCCUGCUUCACCUUGACUAUGGAUGGACUUCUUCUUGCAACUGCUAGCAUGAAGGGAACAUUAAUCAGGAUAUUUAACACAAUGGAUGGAACUCGCCUGCAAGAGGUAAGGAGAGGUGUUGACAGAGCUGAAAUAUAUAGUAUAGCUCUUUCUCCAUCUGUAAAAUGGCUUGCAGUUUCUAGUGACAAGGGUACUGUUCACAUAUUCAGCCUUAGAUCCCGGUUAGUAGGAGAAGAUCCACCCGACCAUAAUGUUUCUGGUGAAGCUCCAGGAAUGAUACCUCAAAACUCUUCUAGUUCUCUUGAAGUUCUUAUACCUUCGAAUGCAGGUGCCAAUCCAAGCUCAUCUCUGUCUUUCAUGAAAGGAGUACUGCCGAAGUAUUUUAGUUCUGAGUGGUCAUUUGCUCAGUUCCACUUACCAGAAAUCACACGAUAUAUCAUUGCAUUUGGAAGCCAAAACACUGUUAUGAUUGUUGGCAUGGAUGGCAGUUUCUAUAGGUGCAGCUUUGACCCUGUGUGUGGUGGAGAGAUGCAGCAGCAGGAGUUUGUCCGAUUUCUGAAAAUCAACCACCCCCGGCCAAGAUCAACCCCAACCUAAUUUUAAGAGACAUAACAGUUCUUAUUACAACUUGUAAAUAUGCAUAUGCAAUUGACAUUUUCUAUACUCUGUCAGAUGGAUCUUCUUUUCUACAUGUAUAUCCUAAAUAAUAAGUUCCGAGAAUGCAGAAUCCUUGUGCAGUUUA